AUGUCAUUCCUUAACGUCCUUUAUCAUGUCAUUUACAAGGUUGGGGAACUCAAGAAACUAGUUGAAGAAGGUAAGGUAAAGUACAUUGGCCUAUCCGAGGCCUCUGCUUCCACAAUAAGAAGGGCACACGCUGUUCAUCCAAUAACAGCUGUGCAGUUGGAGUGGUCAUUGUGGUCAAGAGAUGUGGAGGAAGAUAUAAUUCCUACUUGCCGGGAACUUGGCAUCGGCAUUGUUGCAUACAGUCCUCUAGGAAGAGGAUUCUUUUCAUCAGGAGCUAAGUUCUUUGAAAAUCUUCCUAAUGAUGAUUUCCGAAAGUAUCUACCUAGGUUCCAAGCCGAAAACCUAGAGCAUAAUAAAACAAUAUUCGAGCAGGUUCGUGAUCUUGCGGCAAGGAAGGGGUGCACCCCAUCUCAGCUAGCACUGGCCUGGGUUCAUCAUCAAGGAAACGAUGUGUGUCUGAUACCUGGAACCACCAAGAUUGAGAAUUUUAACCAGAACAUUGGUGCUCUCUCUGUGAAACUGACACCAGAAGAACUGGCUGAGCUUGAAACUUUUGCUUCUGUCGAUGCCGUUAAAGGUGGCAGAUAUCAGAAUGACUUUAGUACUUGGAAGAACUCUGAAACUCCUCCAGUGUCUUCAUGGAAAGCCACAUGAGCAUGUGCCUUUUGUCAUGCCAUAAUGCUUCUUUGUACUUCGUGAGCUUUGUAAAUUUCCUUACCGUUAUGAGAAUAAGUAGUUCAUGUGAAAUGGUAUGUAAUGAUUGACUUUGAGACGUUCAUCAUUUUGUAAGCAGUUUUCAUCAUGUUGGAUGAGUAACCAAAAGUAUGAAAU